CUAAAGAAAAAGCAUACACACAUCAUCACCUCAAAACCAUCUCUCCUGUCUCCAAACACAUAACACAUUACAUAAGCAACGCUAGUUCCCAAAGAAGAAAAAAAAAAAAAAGAAAACUCAGACAAACAAACACAAGAAACUUAAAAAAACUUCAAACUCUCCAUUGCACACACACACACACACUUAUCAAGAAACUAUGAACAUGAAUCCUUCUGAUCAACCCAUUAAUCUCCAGGAUCACAACAACUGGCUCACCUUCUCUCUCUCCAACACCACCACCACCAUCUUACAACCACCACACGCCGCCGCCUUACACCACCACCACCACCAUGAUGCAGAUGUUACUCCAAAACUGGAAGACUUUCUCGGCGGCUCUAGCGGAUCUGGUCAUGAUGUGUGUCAGUUUUCAGAUGAAUCUCAGCAACCCCAUGACACAACAUCAAUAUAUGAUUCUGAGUUGAAGACAAUAGCGACUAGUUUUCUUCAUGGGUUCUCAUCGGACAACCAGCAGCAACUGGCGGUGACACCGGCGCCGCCACAGCAAGAAAACUCUCCGGUGAGAAAGGCUGUUGAUACCUUUGGCCAACGUACUUCUAUUUACCGUGGUGUUACAAGGCAUAGAUGGACGGGGAGAUAUGAAGCUCAUUUAUGGGAUAAUAGUUGCAGAAGAGAAGGGCAAAGUAGGAAAGGAAGACAAGUUUACUUGGGUGGAUACGACAAAGAAGACAAAGCAGCUCGAGCUUAUGAUCUUGCAGCUCUUAAGUACUGGGGUCUGACCACCACGACAAAUUUUCCGGUUUGCAACUACCAGAAAGAGAUUGAAGAAAUGAAGAACAUGACUAGGCAAGAAUUUGUUGCUUCACUUAGAAGGAAAAGCAGUGGGUUUUCUAGAGGAGCCUCCAUUUAUAGGGGUGUCACAAGGCACCAUCAACAUGGACGUUGGCAAGCGAGAAUAGGACGAGUAGCCGGAAACAAAGAUCUCUACCUCGGAACCUUUAGCACACAAGAAGAAGCAGCGGAGGCAUACGACAUUGCAGCCAUCAAAUUCCGAGGGUUAAACGCGGUCACAAAUUUCGACAUGAGCCGAUACGACGUGAACAGCAUCGCCAACAAAAACCUCCCAAUCGGUGGCAUGUGUAGCAAAUCCAAAACCUCAAUGGAUCAGACUGUGUCCGACAACAACCAAAUAUCCCUCAACCAAGAUCUCGCCACAACUUCCGAACAACCACACUCGAACAUCCUUAGCUUCGCCUUGCCCGUGAAACAAGACCCGUGCCCGGAUUACUGGAAUGCGGUCUUCGGGUACACUCAAAGCAAUAGCUAUCAAUGUACAAGUACAAUGCCAUACGUCAUGGAAUACCCUUCAAGUACAACCAACAAUGGGUACUACAAUAGUGAGGUGAUUCAACAAGAGAAUGAUAAUGGUACUACUGUUGCUUUAAGUACUGAAUCAGCAAUUCCAAUGGGUACCCCUGUAGGUUUGAAUGGAUCUAGUUAUGGAAGCUGGAUAGAACAGUCUUUUCACUCAAAUCCACCAGCCAAGCAAAAUCUCUCUGUUUUUCAGACACCCAUUUUUGGAAUGGAAUGAUUUGAUUGGAUGGGGUAAAGUGAGAGUUGAAUGAGAUGACUGAUGAGGGGUUGCAGAAGUUGACAGAAGAUAGUACUAACACUGAGUUCUUUGUAUCAUUAGUUUAGGUUAUGUUUUUGCUUUACUUUUUUUCACUUUUUCUUUGGUUUUUUUGCCUUUUUCAUCUUUGCUGACUUGCCUUAUAAUUAAUAGAAAAUGUUCUUCA